AUGUCCCUUUGCAACUCACUCGUCUCCAUCAAGUCAAAAGAUUGCGCAGACCACCAAUGGUACCCCAAAACAUCGCCCUCGCUCUUCUUCGCCUGCUGCAAUCCUCUCAAAGACUACCACGGUAUGUUCCACACCAUCUACAUCUGCAACCGAUGCAGACUCGAGGUAUGCGAGUCCUGCGCCGGAGACAUGGAUGGCACCAUGCUCGAACACUUCCCUCUCCAGGUCCAGGUGCGGCGCAUCAGGCAGAUUGAAGCAGCAGAGCAGGCCCAGCCUUUCCGGGCUCUGGAGAAUGUCGUUCGCUUCAAGUGGCUUAUGCAGAAGAAGUUGGAGGAGAUGAAGGCUAAGAGUGAGGCGGUCGAAGGCCCGAAGAUUAGUCUUUGGAAGGAAGAGGAGGAGGAGGAGGAGGGCUGUGAUGAUAAGGAGGCGGAGGGACGGAACGAAGAGAAAGUGGAGCUGGAGUCUUGCUGA